AUGUUGCUGCUGUCACCUGCAGUCAACCUUUGGACGAGGCUACUCAAUUUCAUAAUACAAACAUAUUUUAUUGACUCUCAUGCUACCUGUAUCCUGUGGCAUCACGAUUUCCCAUUUGAAUUGCAAACACCAGCCAAUAGUGAAUUCAUACAAUACGUAAAUAUUUGGCCUGACAAUUUGUCACAAUCCCUACAGCAGGACAUAUACGAUUUCGCAGGAUUUGUCGAAGAGCAACGUGGCUAUGGCAUGGAACCGGAUGCCUUGGUGCAGAAAUUAACUAUAGCCAUAAGGCAGUCGCAUUGUGAGUCUUUUAUAGCCUUUCAACAGGACAUUGAAAUCUUUGCACGCAGCUUUUACAAUGCCAGCAGAAUGUCGGUAUGGCGUUCGUUGCGUAAUAAAUUUCUAUUUGUCUAUCGUAAGGACCUGCAACAGGACACUGGAACAAAGGCGCAAUUCGACGAUGUUAUUUUCAGAGAUCAACCAAAUAUUUUAAUAGUCGAAGCUGAAUGCGGCAAUUGCUCGACAUUUACAUUGAAAACUAAUAAAUUCAUUGGACCGCUAGCCGAGCAUCCGGAGCAAUUGUAUGUAGUGGAUCAUUACGACGGGUUGAGUGGUAAAUUUGAGUUGGGCGUUGAUUUGUAUAUGGACAAAGCGAGUAAUAUGCAAGGGCGUGAAGUGACAACGGGUGUAUUUGAUUAUCGACCAUUUACUGUUGUAGACUAUGACCGAGAGCCUCAAAUAAAAGACAUGAAUUCUGAAAACCCACGCGGCUCUGCACACAUUGACGGCUCUGAGGUUCGCAUGUUAAUGGCACUCUGUAAGGUAGUAAAUUGCACGAUACAAACUGAUACCUCUGAGGACGACUGGGGCACCUCUUAUCCCAACCUAACGGCCGAUGGCAUUUUUGGUAUGAUAACUGAGGGUAAAUCACAAUAUGCUGUUGGUGCAUUGUAUUUUUGGCCCGAUGACUAUCGUUUCUUGGAUAUGUCUCUUUUCAUUGGCCGUUCUGGUGUGACCUGCCUUGUGCCAUCACCACAGCGAGUCACUAGUUGGCUACUACCAUUCCAGCCAUUUCAGUUCACACUUUGGUUGGGCGUGUUUGCUUGCUUGGGUGUUGAGACGUUGGCACUUUUCUUUACUCGUCAUCUGGCACCAUCCGAUACCGAACCACAAUAUGGUUUAUUGGAAAGUUUUCAAUUUGGUUAUAUAACCACAUUGAAGCUAUUUGUCUCGCAGGGCUCAGAUUAUGUGGUGAACUCAAAUACGGUGAGAAUGGUACUCUUCGCAUGCUACAUGAUGGACACGAUUGUAACGAGCGUCUACGGUGGCGGUCUCUCAGCAAUACUAACAUUGCCAAGCCUAGAUGAAGCCGCCGACUCUGUUGAGCGGUUGUACCGACACGGCAUCACUUGGUCUGCAACAUCACCCGAUUGGGUGAUCUCGUUGUCCGGCGCUGGUGAUGAUCCGAUGUAUGGACCUCUUCUCAAGAAAUUUCGUGUGAACACUUAUGAACAGCUGACUGAAAUGGCUAAGACAGAGAAUAUGGGUUUCGUGCUGGAACGUUUGGCCUUUGGUCAUUUCGGCAACGUUGACUUUCUCACCGAUGAAUCCUUCAAGCGCCUUAAGCUUAUGGUGGAUGAUAUUUAUUUUCAAUAUUGCUUUGCUUUCGUACCACGCCUGUGGGCGCUGUUGCCCAAAUUGAAUGAAGUCAUUAUGGCUGUACACUCAACUGGCUUGGAUAUAUUCUGGGAAUGGGAGGUGGCCGCUAGCUAUAUGAACGGACAGCAGCAAGAGGAAAUACAGGCCUCAAUGUACAUGGACUUUGACGUGGGUCCAGUUAAAUUGGAUAUGGGGAAUUUUAUUGGUUUGGUAUUGCCAUUGGUUGUUGGUGUUAUUUUAAGUAUUUUUGCGUUCAUAGGAGAGUUAAUCUACUUUAAAUAUAUGGCGCAGAAGAAAAUCCAUGACAUACAAAUUGUGGAAUAA